AUGGCUGGCCCGGAUCUGUCAAGUCUGCCAACGCAGACAGCGUUGUCGCUAGGCUCGGGCCUUGGGUUCACGGACCCUGCUGCCGCACAUCCCGCCAAAAAGAAGCCGAGGAGGGGCACGAAUACCUCGGCCCAGAAACGGCGAUGUGUAAGCACAGCCUGUGUUGCCUGCCGGCGCCGCAAAUCGAAAUGCGACGGAGCCCUGCCGAGUUGCGCUGCUUGCGCGAGCGUGUACACUACCGAAUGUGUCUACGACCCCAACUCAGACCACCGUCGAAAAGGCGUAUACAAGGAGAAGAUCGAUAGCAUGAAAGCCCGCAACUCGACGCUCCAGAUCCUGAUCGAAGCUAUCCUUAACGCCGACGAGGAGGAUGUCCCCAAUAUCGUCAAGAGGAUACGUACAUGCGACAGCUUGGAUAAUGUGGCCGAGGCGAUACUGAGGCAGGAGACGGGCGGUGGGGAGCUGGAAGACGAAGACCACGUAGAGGACGACUACACCUCCGCAAUACCCAUCGAGGGCGAGAGAGAUCUCGCCCGCAACAUGGGAGAAUUGCGCUUGGAAAACGGGGCCACCCGCUACAUCGGCGGCACAUCGCAUCUGAUACACUGGGAUACGCUGGGCUCAUCAAAUACCGAACAGGAGGAGUCUGAGGAUACCAACACAGAUGAUGUCGACCCUGUCACCAGUUGGUCCGACGUCACCAAAGACCCAGAAGUUAUCAUCCAUCUUCUUAACAUGUACUUCAACUGGCACUAUCCAUACUUCACUACACUUUCGCGCACUCUUUUCUACCGGGAUUUCUUGAAGGGCAAGCGGCAUAUUGCCCCCUUUAAAACGGCCUACUGCUCUUCGCUACUAGUCAACGCAAUGCUGGCCCUCGGGUGUCACUUCACCAGUGUACCCAGUGCCUACGCCAUCCCAGGAGAUAGCUGGACAAAGGGCGACCAUUUCUUUGCCGAAGCCAAGAGGCUGAUCGUUGAUCACGAUGAAUACGAGAAGCCUCGAUUGGCUACCGUCCAAGCCCUUGCUCUGAUGUCGGUCAGAGAAGCAGGGUGUGGCCGCGAAGCAAAAGGCUGGGUCUACAGUGGCAUGAGUUUCAGAAUGGCACAGGACCUGGGACUCAACACAGACAUCGGUGGCAUUCGCAGCGACACCGAUAAUCUGGACGAGCACGAGAUCGACGCACGGAGAGUCACAUUCUGGGGCUGUUUCCUGUUUGAUAAGUGCUGGUCCAACUACCUCGGCCGACUUCCCCAGCUGCCCAGGAGCUCCUACAGCAUUCCUAAAUACGAUGUCUUCCCUGACGAAGAUGCUGAAGCCUGGUGUCCUUAUAGUGACACAGGUUUUGAGGAGACUUUGAAGCAGCCGUCACGAACCCGCACGAUUGGCUUACAAUUGUCGAAGCUCUGUGAGAUCAGCAGUGAUCUACUUCUAUUUUUCUACCACCCAAAUCAUAUAGGCCGGUCAAGCGGGAAAUCGGCUGAACUGAAAAAGCUGAGCGAAUUGCAUCGACGCCUGGAGGACUGGCGAAAGGAGUUGCCAAGGGUACUCGAACCUGGGGAAGGGCAGCUCCCGAAUGUCAUCCUCAUGCACAUGUUUUUCCAUCUUCAGUAUAUUCAUCUGUUUCGGCCAUUCCUCAAGUACUCACCUAACGCGUCGCCUUUACCGCCUCACGUAUCUCCGCGCAGAAUCUGCACUGCCAACGCGGGUGCGAUUUCCAAGCUCAUGCGCUUAUACAAGAAGCUCUAUAACCUGCGCCAAAUCUGCAACAUUGCAGUCUACAUGCUGCACUCCGCCUGCACUAUUCACAUAUUAAAUCUCCCUGAGAAGACGGCGAGAAGAGACAUCAUUCAUGGAGUCAAACACCUCGAAGAGAUCGCCGAAGACUGGCUCUGUGGCAGAAGGACUCUUAGCAUCAUUAGUGUUCUCGCACGCAAGUGGAAUGUGGAAUUGCCGGAAGAAGCCUCCCAGGUUCUACAGCGAACAGAUGAACGCUGGGGCACUUUCCACACUUCCGAUGUCCCCUCCCCGCGGUCACAUGUGGUCACGACGCCAUCGCCACCGGCUGCAAGGGGCUCUUCACCUCAAGCGAAGAAAAAAGACUAUAGCCCGGGACGCCACAGGGUCGCAGCGGUUUCACCCUCGCCUCCUUCCGCUGUCUCCGGAUACAGAACAUCCCCUGAGAUGAUGAACAGUUUCGCGCCAUCUCCCAACCACUUCCAGUCCAGUCUGCAAGUGACGGAGCAUAUGUUGAAUGACGGAGCUACGAUGGGCAAUUCGAUACCAAUGGACAUGGGAGCACUGAACAGUUCGAAUUGGCGGCAGCCAUCUGCGACGGAACCCAUACCGAGCUACCCACAGCCCUACGCGUCCCUGCCGAACAACAUCCGAUCUAAUCGGACUUCUCGAAACACCACACGAGACGCCACUCCGAACUCACUCUAUGCCAUCGACGGGCAAGAAUGGUACCUGAAGGACGGCGUGAAUUGGCAAUCCGGAUUUGACGUCUGGACCACUGGCGGGACAGGGUCCAACAGCAUGCCGGACCCGUCUCUCUUCAUGUUCGCUGCCAACAACACCUCUGAUAACACUCAUGGCGCUAACAACGCCAGGCGGUCUUCACCCAACAUGGACUUCAACUUUGACAGCCUGAACAACCUGUCUUCCAUUGAUGGGUGGGAUCUGUCAAACCUUGAAUGA